AUGAAGCCGUUCACGGCGUUAAGCUUGCUCGCAGUAGUCGUCUCAGCACAGACAAGCAGCUUUGCCUUCGACAAUACAGAAUCGUUGAUUCUCGAGCCAACAGAAGUGCCAACGCCUACAUCGAUCGGAAAUAUUGAGGUAGAGCCUACCACAAUCGAACCUAUCUCGGGACCAAUUGAGACUAGCGAGGCCUGUGGACAAAUAGCAGAUGCUAUUUCAGAUAGCAAUGCAGAUUUGCCUGUAGUAGAGGCUGAGCGUGCGAUAGCGUGUCUCAAGUCACUACCUUUCUAUACGACAGACGCCUCUACUACGGUCGACGAGAUAAAAAAGAUGGUAGAAUUCCAGUCCACACUGGCCUAUCUCAAGGAUCCGCCUCAAGGAUACCCAAACCCGGCUGUCGACAUCGUAUCUGGACUGGAUGGGAUCAAGAGCAAUGUUGAGUCAGGAGGGUACGCCAACGAGUACGAUUUUGAAGCCGACAUUGCAAGCUUGCUGGUCAAAGCACACGAUGGUCACCUGGCCUGGUACGGCAUGGCAUACGCAGGAGUCUUUGUAUGGCGAAGAAGUAGCAAGAUUGCGCUCAUCUCUGCGUCUAGAGAUGGCAGUGAAAUACCCCAGAUCUGGACACUGACAGACUUUAACAACACUGAUGGUGCUUAUGAGCCUUCUCCUGUUACCAAGAUCAACGGAAAAGACGCUUCCAAGUUUUUGAUUGAAGAGGCGAAUCUAGUAGCAUACCAUGACCCGGAUACGCGCUACAACUCUAUGCUGUUCAUGCCAGCAGCAGAGAGCUACGGAAGCUUUAUAAACCCACGUUUCUUCCCCGGUGUUGCUACCAACAUUACCUACCAGAACGGAACGACCGACGUGUACCCGAAUAUUGCUAUUGUUGCUGAUGCUGAGGCCUGGCGUAGUGUACGAGAUGCAGACUCGUUUUACAAUACUUUCUGCAUUCCUACGACUAGCUCCGGUGGCGAAGUGAAGAAGAGGGAUAUGAAUGAUCCGCCACUCCAGCUCCAGAACCCUCGCGAACGCGACUUCAAGUCUGCCUCCAUGCAACAAUACGGCUCAGUGCCUCUGUUCUAUCCCAAACCCUUCGUUUCCCACACAGAAGAAAAUGUACCUCUCGCCGGCUACUUCAUCAACACCGACGUAGGCCAAAUCGGUGUCUUGAUAAUCCAAACAUUCAACACCGCCGACGUCAGCGGAGCACGAGAGUUCCAACGCGUAAUUCAACAAUACAUCUCGCAAUCCAAAUCCCGCGGCGUAGAAAAACACAUCAUCGACAUCCGUGGCAACCCCGGCGGCAAAGUACUCUCAGGCUACGAUGCCUACCUUCAAUUCUUCCCCUCACAAGUACCCCAGACACAAUCCCGCUACCGCGGCCACGCCGCUAGCGAACUCUUCGGCGAAAGCAUCUCCUCCUUUGAAGAAAUCACCCUACGCAAUGGCCAACUCUUCACCAGCCCCUUCAGCAACGACGCCUACCUCUCUGCGUCCCUCGAGGAAUUCCCAGACUGGGCCUCUAUGUACCCGCCCCUCCGCUUCAAAGGCGACAACUUCACUUCGCUCCUGAAAUACAACCUCUCGGACCCCCUGACAACGAGCAGCACGCGGCUUGCCGUCGGCAUAACGAUGACCGGCUACAACGAUCGCAGCAAUUUCACAGACGACCCUUUUCGCGCGGAGGAUCUGGUGAUAUUAUCUGACGGCAUCUGCGCCUCCACCUGCUCAAUCUUCCUCGAACUAAUGGUACAGCAAUCUGGCGUCCGCAGCAUCGCUCUCGGGGGCCGCCCGCUAGCUGGCCCUAUGGUAUCCGUCGGCGGCACCAAGGGCACCUUGGUCCUCCCUUCCGUCUACAUAGAAGCCAUAUCCGUCUUCGUGGCCCUGCAAUUCGCAGACUCGCGCUCCGAACUCGCGGAGUGGUCGUCGUUCCUACCGGUGCAGCCGCCGAUUGCGGUGCUCGAUGCUGGAGUCAAUUUUCAGGAUAAUAUUCGGGCUGGGCUGGAGAAUGGGGGUGCGCCAACGCAGUUUUUGAAUGAUAGUGCGAGUUGUCGGGUUUGGUAUGAGGCGAGGGAUUAUUUUAAUGUGACGGGGUUGUGGGAGAAGACGGCGCAGAUCGCGUUUGGGGGCGAGGGAGGUGCGUUGGAUGAGGGGAGGUGUGUUCUGGGGAGCGUGACAAGUAGGGAGCAGCAGACGGGGAGGGGGGAAGGGAAUCCAUCGGCGGAGGAGGGUAAUGGAGGUAAUGGAGGGGACGAUGAGGAUGCGGCGAGUGGGGUGAGGGUUGCGUGGAUGACGAUGGUUGUUUGUACGAGUGCAGUGGUGUUGAGUCUGUUGUUGGUAUGA